AUGUCCCCGACAUACAGUGUCCUGAAGACCUUUUACGAUUUCAUCAUCAUUGGAGCCGGCAAUGCUGGCGCCGUUGUUGGGGCGCGCCUAUCGGAGAACCCUAAAUACAGCGUUCUCGUACUUGAGGCUGGUCCCGCGCUGCCAGACGAUUCAAUUUGGAGCAUCCCCGUACUUGCUGCGGGGCCAUCCCAGACGCAGAAUAUAUGGAACUAUACGAGCGUACCUCAAGCGCAGCUUGCCAACAACAGGGUUGUCUCAAUGCUGAGUGGGAAAGUAGUCGGUGGGACGUCAAACGUCAACUUCAUGCUUUAUACUCGUGGAACUAGAGAAGAAUAUGACCGAGUCGCAAGGAUCGCGGCCGAUACACGUUGGUCAUGGGAUAGCAUUAUCCCAUUUGCCAAGAAGUCCGAAACGCGUAAGAAUACCACCAGUGGUCGUAACUUUGACGGGGAUUUUAAUCCCGACGCGUACGGAGACAGCGGCCCUGUACUCAUCUCCCUUCCUAAUGAUGGAAGUCCUUUCCACGACAAGGUUAAGCAAGCUUCGUACGAGCUCGGGGGUGAUUUCGAGUGGUCCUCUGACACUAACUCUGGCAGGUCUCUUGGUCUGGCUAGAUUGGUCGGAACCAUAGGGACAGGAGUUAGAAGUGGAUCAAGUAACUACUUUAAAGGGACUGGACGUCGACGGAACUUGGAGGUGGUGGCGAAUGCCCGUGUUACCAAGAUAUUGUUCUCUGAUGGCCCAAACCCCGCUGUCACUGGCGUCGAGUUCAUUCGAGGCGCAGAUCGUAAUGCCCCAAAGGUCGUCGUACAGCCUUACAAGGAAGUCAUUCUUUCUGCUGGUGCCAUUGGUUCCCCGAAGAUCCUUCUGCAGUCAGGUGUUGGUCCAAAAUCGGAACUGGAGGAAUUGGGAAUUAAAGUGGUUAAGGAUCACCCUGAUGUCGGCAAGCACUUGCAAGACCAUGCACUGAUUACGAAUAACUGGCAUAUAAAUUCCAACAUUUCCAGGGACGAGCUCUUCCGUCAACCUUACGAUGCCUGGGCUCAAGGACAAUGGAACCUGUAUAGCAUAAAUAAGACUGGGCGCCCAUCGAACACGAUCGGCCAGACCAUUGCCUUCUUCCGUUUGCCUUCCGAUGAUCCCAUUUAUAAGAAACCCGGCGUCGUUGAUGAUUCCCCAGGCCCAAAUUCACCUCAAUACGAAUUCUUUAUAGAUGAUGGAUUCUCGAACUUGCUCUACCCGGCGCCCGGGGGUGACUAUGCAACUAUUGCGACGAUUGUCUUGUCUCCUAGUUCUAGGGGAAGUGUGACAUUGAAGUCAAGCGAUCCCUUUGAUGAUCCUUUGAUCGAUCCUGCGCUUCUCACAAAGGAGAUCGAUUUCCACAUCAUGAAGACUGCCAUUAAGAAGGCACGAGAGUUAGUUAAGGCACCCGUUUGGAAGGACUACAUCUUGGGUGAAUGGGGUCCGUUGGCUAAAGCACAAACCGACGCAGAAAUCGAUCAGUAUAUCCGUGAAAACACCAUUGCUCAUUUGCAUCCUUCUUCUACUCUGGCUAUUGGACCCAAGGAUAGCGAAAAGGGUGUUGUCAACCCUGAUCUUACCGUGAAGGGUAUCGGGAAGCUCCGUGUCGUCGAUGCUAGCGUUUUCCCGCAUGUCGUUGCGGCUCAUCCUCAGAUUCCAGUCUAUGCGAUCGCGGAGCGUGCUUCGGACAUCAUUAAGAAGCAUUACGAGCCAUCCAACUAUUUCUACAGUGUGUGGGAAGGCAGUGCAUCCGUGACCGAUUUUGUUGGAAAGAUCAUUUUGUCUCUUUUCAAGUGA